AGCUGGUUCACGGGAAGCCUGAAGCCCGACCAAAGUCACGUCUUCACUUACGGAUAUUUGAGUGCGUUAAAGUUAACGGAAAUUUCAUAUGACCGGAAAUGUGACAGUAAUUUACUAAGUGCAUACUAUUUGGCUAAGCAAGGUUACAGGCACAUCCAGUCAAAAUCUGGAGAUUUCCUAUUUUUCAUAGGAAAUAACUUUAAGUUACUGCUCGGCCAUGUUGGUAAAGAACGAUUAAUUCGAACACUAAGUAACGAGAAAAUUGCUGAGCUGCCAAAAAUACCUUACUCUGAACUGAAGAAGGUUCAUUUCUUUUGUAAGACAUGCGCCCAAAUGAAAGAUAGAAGGAUGUCCUAUAAGAACAUGGUGGGAGCCAAGGCUACUGAGCCACUCCAUACACUCCAUAUGGACUCAACUGGUAAAUUACGGGUGAAUGGUUUAUAUGGCUCAUUUGGCUAUCACUAUGCUCUGUCCGUUGUAGAUGACGCUACCGCUUAUAAGUGGUACUUUGUGGUAAAAUCCCUGAAAGAAGUUCCCGGCAAAAUUCGGGACUUGUUAAAGAAUUUGUCAGUGCAAUUUCCUUUUAAGGUUAACCCACCGGCGACCGCUCUUAUCCCGAUUUUGCAGGGAUAA